CAUUAUGUGAUGGCUAAACUCUUUUGGUUAGAAAAAAAAUGGCAAUCGUUAGUUUGAUGAUCAUCAUUUCAUUGAUGAUGCUACUUUGGUAUGGUUUCACAGCCUUUUAUUCACUUUGGUGGAAUCCUAAAAAACUAGAGAAACAACUAAGGGAACAAGGAAUUAAAGGGUCUUCUUACAAGUUUUACCAUGGACACAUGAAAGAAUCCCAUCAGUUGACCAUGGAAGCAUUAAAGAAACCCAUGAAUCUAAAUCACCAUAUAGCGCCAUCUGUCGUCCCGUUUACUUGGAAAACAGUACAAACCUAUGGGAGGGUAUCAUUUCACUGGACUGGAACUAUACUCAGGUUGAUCAUAUUGGACACAGAGAUGAUGAAGGGUGUAAUGACUGAAAAGAACGGCCACAUUCAAAAACCACCUGUGGAAUGCUUUAACCCUCUUUUUGCGGACUUACCAAAGGGAAUCACAAACUUGGAAGGAGAGAAAUGGUUGAAACAUAGAAGAAUUAUCAAACCUGCUUUUCACUUGGAAAAAUUGAAGGGUAUGAUGCCAGCAUUUACGACAAGUUGUAGUGAGUUGAUCGCGCGUUGGAAGAAAUUGGCUGAUCUUACCAAAGGUUCUUGUGAACUGGAUAUAUUGCCUGACAUGCAGACGCUAACAUCUGAUAUAAUUUCUCGAACAGCAUUCGGAAGCAACUAUGAAGAAGGAAAGAAGCUCUUUGAGCUUCAAAACGAGCAAAUCGCACUAUUCAUUGAAGCUUCUCAAAGCACAUACAUCCCAGGUUUCAGAUUCAUACCCACAAAGAAGAACCUGAGGAGAAAGCUGUUGGACAAGGAAAUUAAUGGCAUAUUAAGAAGAUUUAUCAGUAAAAGAGAAGAAUUGAUGAAAACUGAUCCGUCAAGUAGCAAUGACUUACUAGGCUUGUUAAUGCAAUCUAAUAAUUCAGAAAAUAGCGACAGAUUGACAAUUGAAGAAGUAAUAGAUGAGUGCAAUGUGUUCUACCUAGUUGGACAAGAAACAACUAGGUCCUUAGUAACUUUUACCAUGAUUGUGUUAGCUAUGCACCAGAAUUGGCAAGACAAAGCAAGAGAAGAAGUGGAGCAAAUUUGUGGGAAAAAUCUACCCGAUUUCGAUGCAAUAAAUCGUCUCAAAAUUAUGGAGAUGGUACUCAAUGAAGUUAUGAGGUUGUAUCCACCAGGACCAGAGUUAUAUCGAUAUACUGGCAAGAGAACAAAAUUGGGAAAUCUUUCCAUACCAGCAGGAGUCAUUCUUACAGUACCACUAAUUCUUGCUCACCAUGAUCCAGAGUACUGGGGUGACGAUUCGCAGGAAUUCAAUCAAGAGAGAUUUUCUGAGGGAGUUUCGAACGCGUCCAAGGAUAAACUUGCAUACUUUCCUUCCUCACGGGGUCAUAAGGUCUGUUUAGGCCAAAACUUUGCUUUGAUUGAAGCUAAAAUGGCUUUGACUAUGAUUCUGAAGAACUUCUCUUUCGAGCUCUCACCCUCGUAUACUCAUGCUCCUUAUGUGGUUUUGGAUCUGGCACCGCAACAUGGAGCUCAAAUCAUAUUACACCAACUUUAAGUUAGAGAUGUGACAACAAUUUGAUGAUGAAUCACCUAAAGAGUGUUUCUAGUACCAAAAUUGUGUGUUGCAAGUUUCAUUUGCUGUAAUACCUCAGAAUGAAUAAUACAAUAUGUCA